UUUUUAGCCACUUGGAAUUUAUUUCAUACUCUUAAAAUUUUGUUUAAAAAGUCCCAAUUUAAUUCCUAGUUACAAAAUUGUAUUGGUACUUUUUAUUAUCAUUAUUAUUAUUAUUUUGUUUGGAGUGCGUGACUUCACGGAAGUUGAAGGUCCGCCAUAUCGGAAUUUGCACCACGAGGUGCUAGUUUUUUCAUUCGUUUUCCACAAUUGUUUAGACGUCAAUUCUUUUUAUAGCUACAGAUAUGCCUUCAAUCAAUCCCCUACCCCCUAAGGAAAAUGCCCUCUUUAAGAGAAUUUUGAAAUGUUACGAACAGAAGCAAUACAAAAGUGGACUCAAGUUUGCCAAACAAAUUUUGACAAAUGUCAAGUUUGCAGAACAUGGAGAAACUUUGGCUAUGAAAGGGUUGACGUUAAAUUGUCUAGGAAGGAAAGAAGAAGCCUAUGAUUAUGUUAGAAGAGGAUUACGUAAUGAUCUCAAGAGUCAUGUCUGUUGGCAUGUGUAUGGAUUAUUACAACGAUCUGAUCGUAAAUAUGAAGAAGCUAUCAAAUGUUAUAGACAUGCUCUCAAAUGGGACAAGGACAAUUUACAAAUUUUACGAGAUUUAUCUUUGUUACAAAUACAAAUGAGAGAUUUAGAAGGGUAUAAGGAUACAAGGUAUCAGUUAUUAGUAUUACGUCCUGGUCAACGUGUUUCAUGGAUUGGUUUUGCUAUGGCAUAUCAUUUAUUAAAGGAUUAUACUAUGGCUAUUAGAGUUUUAGAUGAAUUUAGAAAAACACAAUCAGUUAAGCAAUAUGAUUAUGAACAUAGUGAAUUAUUAUUAUAUGAAAACCUAGUUAUGAGAGAAGCAGGCUUGUAUCAAGAAGCUUUAGAUUUUUUAAAUGAAUAUAAUGAAUAUUUAUUAGAUAGAUUAUCAGUCAAUGAAAUUAAAGUUGAAUUACUAUUGAAAUUAAAUAGACAAGAAGAAGCUAAGAAAAUAGCUAAUAACCUUAUUGAUAGAAAUCCUGAAAACUGGGCAUAUUAUAGACAAUUUGAGGAUGCUGCACAAAUAUCCUGUUCAGAAGAAAGGUGUAAGUUAUACUGUGAAAAGGAAAGUAAAUUUCCCAGAGCUACUACACCAAAAUGGCUGCCGUUAACUUUCACUACAGGUGAAAAGUUUCGAAGUGUAGCUGAUGUAUUUUUAAAGACCUCUAUAAGAAAAGGUGUACCUCCAUUAUUUGUAAUCAUGAGACCUCUUUAUAAUCAAGCAGAAAAGGUGAAAAUUAUAGAGGAAUUGAUAUUAGGUUAUGUUAAAAAUUUAAAAGAUUCUGAUUAUUUUGAAGCAAACUGUGAUACUAGUGAAGAAAAAGAACCAGCUACUGCCUUAUUAUGGACAUAUUAUUAUCUAGCUCAACAUUAUGAUUAUAUAGGCCAAACUAGAUUAGCUUUACAACAUAUAGAUUUAGCUAUAGAACAUACACCAUUACUUAUUGAGUUAUAUGUAUUAAAGGCUAAAAUAUUUAAGCAUGCUGGUGAUAUAGAAGAAUCAGUAAGAUUAAUGGAUGAAGCCCAGUCAUUAGAUACAGCUGAUAGAUAUAUUAAUUCUAAAUGUGCUAAAUAUAUGUUAAAAGCUAAUCUAAUACAAGAAGCAGCUGAUAUGUCUUCCAAAUUUACCAGAGAGGGUGUUUCUGCUAUGGAAAAUCUCAAUGAAAUGCAGUGUAUGUGGUUUCAAACAGAAUGUGCCUCAUCAUAUCAAAGAUUAGGAAAAUGGGGUGAAGCUUUGAAAAAAUGUCAUGAGAUAGACAGGCAUUUUUCUGAGAUCAUUGAAGAUCAGUUUGAUUUUCAUACAUAUUGUAUGAGAAAAAUGACAUUACGAGCUUAUGUUGAGUUAUUACAGUUAGAAGAUAAAUUACGAAUGCAUCCAUUUUAUGUCAAAGCUGCUCACAUAGCCAUUGAGAUCUACUUACAUUUACACGACCAUCCUUGGACACCAGAAAGUGAACAAAACAAUGACUUAGAUUCAGAAAAUUUAUCUGCUGCUGAGUUAAGAAAAUUAAAAAGAAAACAGAAGAAAAAAGAAAGAAAAGCUGAAGAAGAAAGAGAAAAACAGUUAGCGGAACAGAAGAGGAAAGAUCAACAAAGUAAGAAAUCUCAGGAUAAUGAUCUUGAUGGUCCAAAAGAAGAAGAACUCAUUCCAGAAGAACUAGCUAAAACUGAUAAUCCACUGGAAUGUGCUAUCAAAUUUUUAAAACCACUUCAACUGCUGAAUCCAAAUUUAAUAGGUACACAUGUUGUAGCUUAUGAAAUCUAUUCUAGAAAAGGAAAGUUAUUAUUGAUGUUACAGUCUGUUAAAAGAGGUUAUCAACUCAACAAAGAUGAUCCUCAUUUUCAUGUUUGUUUUAUCAAAUUCUUACUACAUGUUAAAGGUGUAAAAGAUUUAGAUGGUGGUGUUAAAACUGUGAUAGAACAAGAAGUUAAUAAAUUAACAGAGAAUAAACCAAUUAAUAAAAUUAAUCAAGAAUUCCUUGACAGAAAUAGUUCAUCUCUACCACACUAUUUUGCUGGUGGUCAAAUGAUGUAUUUAAUUGAUCCCUCCACUAAAGAAUUAGCAGUCAAAUUAGCCACUUCAGUAUCUAGUAAUAUCAAGGGUGUCACCAGAACGACGUCUAUUGAUAUCUUAGAUUCUCUAUGUAAAGGUGAUUUCGGACCGUGUGAGAAAGAAGCUACAGACUUUCAGGCACAAUGCCACAAUCUUUUCCCAUAUGCAACAGCGUUUAUUAUCCCUGCCAACAAUAAUACUUCAGAACCCUUAUCUAAUGGCUCAGCCUCUUAAUUUGACUAUUUCUUCGUAAUGUUUGGAGUGAUGUUAUUUAAAGUGCCAGAUAAACUGUGUUUUUGUGUAGUGGAGAGUUAUAUGAUCAAUUGACUUGAAACAUCUGAAGACCUUUUGACCUUAUUCUCUUGAGUUAACACCAAUGAAUGAAAGAAACACUAAGGGGUGGCUCGAUUGGUGAGUUCUGCAUGUUCAGGAUUAAUGGUAUCAACAGAACGUUCAUUCAAUAAAAUUAUUUGUUUAGAACAUGUUCCACGUGUGCAGAAAAAAAUAGGUGUAGACAGAAUUCAAAAUGGCGGAAAAGGAAAUAGAUUUCAACACUUUUAUACCGUCAAUUGGUGGCAGAAUUGGAACCUAUAAGAACUCUCCAAUCGAGCGCCAUGUAAAAAGAUGGAAGCAUUGAAUUGUGAACCGUUAAUCGUAGCUAAAUGGUAACUGAUCUCAUCCAGGGUUCAUGUUUGCGUGCGAUCUAUUGGGAUUGUCAUCUUUACACCAACAACUUCGCAUAAAGUGAAAUUCAAGUCGCCAUGUUAACAAAUAAUACAACUCUUAACAACAACAACAAAGAGAUCGAAGCUGAUUGGUUAAAGAUGCAAGAGUUUUUGAAGUAUGUGAUGGAUGUUGAAGACUUUGUAAUGAAAUGAAAUCAGUGUUUAUUUGGAAAAUUAGUUUCAUUGUCUCCUCAAACCGUUAUUGUGUUUAUGGUUGGUUUGUUCAGAAUGGUGUUUUGUAAUAGAGGGUAAUUAUCUUCAAGAAAUCCUAAAAUUAGACAAACACGAGCACAGAUAUGUGAAUUAUUUAGUCAAAUUCAACCUCAACUUUUAAAAAAAAAUGAAUUCAAAAAGGGUCAUCUCCAGCAUAAUUAAGGAGAAAUAUGUGUUACCAAAAAUGAUGCAAUGCGUAUAUAGAUAUUGUACAAUAUUCAAAGAUUAUUUUUAUUAUCAAGAACAGUAAAGAUCUGUCCAAACUUCUGAUAUUUUCCUUUUAGUGAUGAUCAAUCUUGUAUGGGAUUGAUAUUUGAUGUGUCAGAAAAAGUUCUCAAUGGUUACAAGCAUAAAUGCGUAAACAAGUGUCAAUCCUGGAUCACUCAAUGAUUUUAGUCAAAUUCAUGAAAAUAGUGGCAUUAACCUCCCUUUUUCCUGCAAAUUGAUCCGCAUUGUAUGUUACACCAAACAUUGUGCAAUGAGGGAAUUUUCCUUGAACAGCAGCAUUAACCUACUCCAUCAAGACCGUGUCAAAAUCCAGACAAUAAAUAAUUUUUUGUGAAUGGUGCUUGAACAUCAUUGAAGGUGAUCACAUAUAAGAUUGGUCUGAUACUGAAGGUCAAAGGUCAGAGGUCACAGAGGACAGGUCUAAAAUGACUUAAAUAUCAUAAAUAUGUGUGAAUAGAUUGCUCUCUAGUUCAAUUUAUAUUAUAAACUCAUUUAUACAUCUAUAUAUAUUUACUUGAUCAUUUUCACAUGUUAAAUAUUGUGAUUCUAAUCAUCUGUCACAGGGGUAGCUUGAUUGGUGUGUUCUGCACGUUCUAGAUUCACAGAAUUAACCUGACGUUCAGAACGUGUUCCACAUGUGACGAUAAAAUAGUAGGUGCAGACAGAAUUCAAAAUGAUAGAGAAAGAAAGAGAUGGGAAAAUUUUGAAAGUGACAUAUCCACUUCCGUACCGGCAAUUGAGACAAAUUGAGGAACCUGUUCAGAACUCAUCAAUCAAGCACUACCUAGAUUUUCUGGUCUUUAUAGGGUCUCACUUAUCAGAUAUACUACAACUUUCACUGAAUCCAAUGUAUCAUAACUUGCAAUUUGCAUAUAAAUGAUUUCAAUGAAUCUGAUUUGUAUAAUAUUAAAAUAUUAACCAAUCACAUCUCCACAUAUUGAAAAGUCACAACUUGCAUUUUUCAUAUAAAUAAUUUGAGUGAAUGUGAUUGGUAUAAAACUGCAGUGUCAUACAGAGAUAAAGUAGUUUGAAUAUAGUCAGUGGUAUUUUUAGAUGUAGAUGUAGCAUUCUUAAAAGAAAAGAAAGUAGACCCAAUUCCUAAUUAUGGUAAUUGGCUUAUGAUGAAAUAAGUUUCUCCUGCAGAUUCUAGAAGUAGUUUUCAAAAUUGUUCAAUACCCUUUCUUGUCACAAGUCUUUAUUCGAAUCUGUAAGCCUCAAAAGAAAGAAGGAAUGCAGUUACAGAUUUACAUCGAAUUAAUAAUGCCAAAUUCUGCAUAAAAUUUCAGUUUCAACAUCUGGCUUGAUAGACAGAUAUCAAAAGUAAGAGUUUAAUACUUGUGAUAGAGCUUUAACUCAAAAUAAGAAUAUUAUUCAUAAAGUGGUCAUAAUAACACCUAUUAUACAAACUGGCAAAAUGAAAAAAAAAAAGAAAAUUUAGUGACUGCACACUAGUAUUUUUCCUCCCUUCAAAUCUCACAAUAGUUAAAAUUAAAGAAAGUAUAUGGCUUUAAAAUUUCAAAAUCGUAAAAAAGUAGAGAAAGUAUAUAGUCUUUGACAAACGUAAAAAGUAAAAGCAUUAAAUUUGACAACUGUGAAAAAUAAAGAAAGUAUAAGUUCAUUAGAUUUGACAGUGGUAAAAAAUGAAGAAAGUUUAUGGUCAUUAAAUUUGACAACCGUGAAAAAAAGUAGUGAAAAUAUAUGGUCUUAAAUUUGACAACAGUAAAAAUUAAAGAAAGUAUAUGGUCUUAAGAUUUGACAACUGUAAAAAAUGAAAGUAUAUGGUCUUUAAAUUUGACAACUGUGAAAAAUAAAGAAAGUAUAUGGUCUUUAGAUUUGACAACUGUAAAAAAUAAAGAAAGUAUAUGGUCUUUGAAUUUGACAACCGUAAAAAGUAAAAGUAUAUGGUCUUUAUAUUUGACAACCGUAAAAAGUAAAAGUAUAUGGUCUUUAAAUUUGACAACCGUAAAAAGUAGAAAAAGUAUAUUGUCUUUAAAUUUGACAACCGUAAAAAGUAGAAAAAGUAUAUGGCUAGUUGAAUAUGAUAAAAAGUAUCAAAAUCAUCUGAUAUAAAGUGAGUGAAUUGUUUAUAUUUUUUUAGUGCUGUUUGUAUUAUAUUCAGGAUUGUUGUUAAAUUAUGUGUUUUUUCUCUCCCCCUCCC